AUGAAUAAUACAUCUUCAGAUUUGAAAUCUGGAUACAAGUUUGAAGAUGAUCUUGCUUGUCUGACUGAAAUGUUUCCUUGUGUGGACGGUAAAGUAUUGAGGAAUUACUUAGAAAUCUUCUCAGACCAAGCUAACUACUUAUCAGUUAUCAUUGACAUGCUGCUUCAAGGGGACAACAUUGUUGGGUCAAAUCCUGCUCAAAAUUCAACUCAAAAAAAAAGUAGCACAAAACUGAAAACAGUUGUUAAAGGUGAAAAUAGCUCAUGCAGUGCAGAAGCUGGUACAUUAGAGCUUUCACGCAAAAAAUUACAGAGAAGAGAUUCCAGUGGCAGUGAAACUGAUAGUUUACCUGUAAUGUUAGGAGAGGAUGAAAUUGAUGUUAACACCAAUGUGUUAAGUAACAAUGAAAGUGAAUCAUUUACAACUUGUUCCAAAAACUCUGACAAGAAAGGAGUGAGAUCUAUCACAUCAUCAAAGUGUACAUCCGAUGACAAUGAUUGUGACAUAGCUUUUGUAAAAUGUGUGGCAAGCCCAACAAGACAACCAUUUCAGCGCACUAGGAACUGCAUCAGUAUCUCGGGUACAACUUCACCUUCACAGCAUAAAGGUAUUUGUAUACGCUACAAAGGUGGUGUUCUUCACCCAUCAAUGAAUAAACCUAAAAAGCUGCAGAUUGUCGAAAUUGAUGCUGAUGAAAAAAAUUGUGCAGGCAAGAGUAAUACCCAGUCUCUAUCAAACAGAGAUCAGUCUAAAACCGGCCAAUCACCUGGAAGAAAAAGACAAAGUAUUGUAAAGCCUUCCUGUACAAAGACUUCCACAGUGGUUCAGUGUGUGGAACCUUCAGAUUCAAGCAAGGAUGUGCAAACGGUUGAAGAAAUCAGAAGCAGCAAGGAAGGGUUGUCAGUCUCAGCCUCUUUAAAUGAUUUGGAGAUUUUGAAAAAGGUAUUCCCUGAUGCAGACCCCACUCAAAUCACUUUGCUGUUGGAAAAGUAUGCCAAUGAACCCAACAAAGUUGCAAUGGUUGGUAAGGAACUUGGAGACAAGCCCGAUGCGCAGGCACAACAAUUGAAAAGGAAAGUUCCAUUACCAAGGGUGACAUGGUUUUGGGAGUCAGACGAUAACAAGUUGGUUCCAUUUACUGAUUCUGAAUGCAAUGUGUUAGAAAAAGAAUUCCUAAACUGCAAGUCAGAUCAUUCUGAAGUUGCGUCUGACAGGGUAACAGGUAUUAAACUGCCAGGAUCAACUAAAAGUGUCAAAGUUAAUUUUUUAAACAUGACAAUGGCUUGCAACAGCAAUGGAACAAAGAGCCACAUCUUUCGAGUUCCAGAAGGAAAUGAAGAAAACAAAGCAAUCAGGUGUGUUGCUCGUAGAUCUUUUUCUUAAGGUUGUCUUGCCUGUUCCAGGGGUUCAGUUAGAAAAAGGAACUGUACUGGUAAACUGCACAUAAUUAACCCUUUCACUCCCAAGAUCUAAUUAGUAAUUCUCCUUACUAUCUGCCAUAAAAUUCUUAUGAUGUUAGUUCGGGGAAUUUGGUAUUGGACCAACUAAUAAUCCCAUAAUUGAUUUUCUUCACUAUUCUCAUUACCUACCUGCUUGAUGUUGUAUUGAUAUUGUAAGGAGAAAUUCUGUCUUGGUCACUUGUGGGAGUCAAAGGGUUAAUGGAGGCAUCUAAAAGUUGAAGGGUUUUUAGGUCAGAUGAUAUAAACAGGAAACCCAUUAACUCUAAAAAGACCUUGGAUGAAAAGAGGACCAGUGUACAGUGAAAGUGUGUUUGACUUCAAGUUUGGAUCAGUGUGAAAUCUCUUCUGUGAGCAAGUAAGGAAGAUGAACACAGGAAUGUAUCAAUAAUGGGAUAACAAUUAAUCAUCAUUCAGUAUAAUCAUUAUUGAAUCUCAGAAGUGAAAAAGCUAUUGGUAGUCCAGUUCAUUUUUUCCAAGGUUUUAUCUGUUAUUCCUUUUUUUGUGCUGGUCAGUUUUCAAUUAAGUGUCAAAGUGAUCCUGAAUUGCUUUGGUUUUACUUAACCCUUUUACUCCCAUGUGUGACCAAAACAGAAUUUCUCCUUACCAUAUCAAUACAAUAUCAAGUAGACAAGUGAUGAGAAUAAAGAAAAAUACAUCGAUUAGGGGAUUAUGAAUUGAUCCAAUGCCAAAUUCUCCAAACUAACAUCACAAGAACUCUAUAGCAGACAGUAAGGAGAAUUAUUAAUGAGAUCUUGGGAGUUAAAGGGUUAACUUUGCUGUGUGAUUGGUCCAGAGAAUUUGUGCAGUCUUCUCAACCAACCAGAUACAAUACUAAUAAAAUAGCAACUUGGCCAAUCCAACCUGUUUUUCCACACUUUAAGCAGUUUACUUGUUUACACUUUGAUUUCUGAUUGGUGAAAGUAUACAAAAGUAAAACUACCCUCUUUUACAAUUGCAUUCAUGGCAGAGGGCUUGCCAUAUUUACAACUCUAAUAAUGUGUCAAUUAAAAAUACUACUGGAUAAAUGAUACAGUUUUUUUUUAUCCUUUUUGGUUAUCUCUAGUGGCAAACGUUUGAUACCGCAAGAAGCCCUUACAGUCCCAAGUGACUGGCAGCAACAGAGCAAUGGUGCAGAAUUAGUAAGAGUGCGUCCAGGUUCAGCCGAGUGGGAUCAUGUUCAGGGAAGUUUGAAGAGGAGUCUUAAGAAGGCAAAAGUGGUUGAUAUACAGCGGGUUCAGAACAAGUGGCUUUACAGGAAAUAUGCCAUACAGCGUCAUUUGAUGAAGGAGAAAAAUGGUUAGUGUUUAAGAGGGAUACAUUAAAGAUUUUAUAAUUUCUCUUUCUUAGUUGCUGACCCUUUCUUUGUGUAAAUUUUGACACUAAACUCUCAAUUGUCCCCUUUCAAUCAGGAUCUGCAUCCAUCAAUGAAAAAGAGCUGUUCCAUGGCACCAGAGAAACAAGUCCUGAAGCCAUCUGGAGAGGUGAAGAUGGGUUUGACAUGCGUUAUUCUGCUGAUGGCCUGUGGGGGCGUGGUACCUAUUUUGCCUGUGAGGCUUCAUAUAGCCAUCAUGGAUUUGUGUACCAAGAUGCUCAAACACAACACUUUCAGCUAUUCCUUGCCCAUGUUCUCACUGGAGAUAGUAUAUCUUUACCUCCUGACCGCAGUCUGAAAAUGCCUCCACUAAAGGCAGGGUCCAAUAUCCGUUAUGACAGCAUCAACGGGGUCAGCAAUAACUGUAAUGUAUACAUUCUCUAUAAACUUGACAUUGCAUAUCCUGCAUAUCUUAUCACAUAUACAAUGACUAACAAUAGAUGAUAGAUUGCAAUAAAUUGUGGUCACAACCUGAGAUUUAAUCCUUUAACUCCUAAGAUCUGAUUAUUAAUUCUCCCUUCUAGCUGCUCCACAUUUCCUUGUGAAUUAGUUGCAAGAAGUUGAUGUUAAAUCAAGUUAACAACCUCUAUCAGAUGAGUUUGAGUAUUCUCAUCUGUUUGCUGGAGAGUGCAUGAGAGAAUAUUAAUGUUAAUCAGUUCUGGGAGUUACAGGGUUGAAGUUCUGACAAUUGUAUCACUCAGCCAUUUUCCUGUUGAUGAUAUUGAUACUAACAUUACCCUUUAACUCCCAGAUCAAAUUUGUACUUCUCCUUACUGUCAACCAUACAAUUCUCAUGAUGUUAGUUCUGAGAAUUUAGUAUUGGAUCAACCAAUCAUCCCCAAAUUGAUAGUUAUCUUUAUUCUCAUUACCUAUCUGGUUAACAUUGUAUUGAUAUUGUAAGGAGAAAUUCUUUCUUUGUCACUCAUGGGAGUUAAAGGGUUAAAGUAAAAAUCAAAAUAUUUUUAAGCUUGCAAAGAGGUUAAUAAUUUUAUACUUUCAAACUUAAAAUUAGUUGUGAAAAUGAUAACUUUUUAAAUAAUCAAAACAGUUUUAUCGAUUCCAUAGCAGUUGCAGUUUUGUUUAGACUAAUGGUUGUAUGUUUUUCUUAACAAGAUGAGAGAAUUUUUAGACAAAAAGAGACAAAUUCAAAAUAGAUGUUAGCUAAGACAGUUUAGGUCAAAUUGGAAAUGUUGCAUUUUAAGAUAUAGUUUAUUUAGAUCAAUAUCAGUAUCUGGGCAACUGCCCACCUGCCCCUCCCCUCCCCUAUUCCAACAUUAACCCUGAUUUGUUAUCAAUAGACUGCUGUUCAACAACACCCUCUCCUUGCCUCACAGGCAACCCACAGGCAUUUGAAGUUGUCAUAAGUGCCUUGGGGUGGAGAAUUCAAACCUUGCCUGGCUGUGUCAAAUCUUUCCAGCAGAAUACAAGUGUUAUAUCUUUGAAUAUGGAGGUAUUUAAGGAAAAUGGUUCGCUUUUGCAAGCGAAUGGCAAAGGAGAAAAGUUGUACAAGGUCAAGGUUUUAAAGCAUGGUUGAUGUGUAGAUGGUCAUGGUUGCUCAUUUUAGCUUUUACACACACAAAAAAAAGAUUGGGUAAAGCAAAACAUUAGCUUAGUAAUAAAUUCCUUCACUCUAGGGACCAUUCAGGAACUUAUCGUAACAAUAUCACUACUGACAAUUGCAACCAGAAUAAAGUACAUAAAAUGGGCACUCUAUUAUGGUAGAUGUUUUAUUCAACAAGAUAACGUUAUUUAGCAAAAGAGGUUGAUCUUUUGAAAUUAAUGCUUUUAUUAAUUAAAAGUUUGGUCUGCUAUUUGGUAACAAAGAAAAUUAUCAACCUUCUUCCAGUAAAAUGACAAAUAAAGAAUUCUGUUAUAUUUAUGGAAAGUAGCUCUUUAUGCCUCUACCUUAUUUUACCAUUUCAAAUUAAUUUAAAGCUUGAAACAAGGCAGGGAGGGCCAAGGAACAUGGAGGCAUAGGAUAGUGGUGUUGGACUUCAGGUCAAGAGGUCUGAGCUCAAGACCUGGCUGGGUAAUUGUGUUGUGUUCCUGGGUAAUAGCAGAGUUCACAGAGCAUAGCCUCAUAAUUAUACAAAAUAGUAGUAGCCCAUCAAGCCAAAAAAAUUUGGAUGUACAACCGUACAAGGUGCUACUUUUGACAUGCAUGGUCAACUGUACUGCAGGCACGCCAAUGCCAUGGCUUUGUUCAGUAGUCCAGUGGUCAGUGCUCUGGGCUCCAAGUCAGACAACCCACGUUCUAGUCAUGGCCGAGGCAAGGCGUUGUACCCUUGAGACGUGCAGGAAAAAAAAAUGAGAGCUCCACUUUUAGGCUUGGCUAAAUCUGUAUAUUACACUUUACUCUUACAGUGCCUUUCUCUACCCAGGAGUAUAGGUGGGUACCAGCAAAUUGUCAGGGAAGCCUGAAGAACCCUGCAAUGAACUGGAAUUCCAUCAAGGGGGGAGUAACGGUAAUAAACCCUAGUGACUAUGUGCUGAGAAAACUGGGAUAAGCUUGGGGUGGAUGAGCUUCUUAGCUCACGUACAGACUUCACCAACCUAACUUGUGUCAACCACAUCUUCAGAAUUUAAUCCUUUAACUCCCAGACCAAAUUUGUAAUUCUCCUUACUGUAACCCAUACAAUUCUUAUUAUGUUAGUUCAGAGAAUUUAGUAUUGGAUCAACUAAUUAUCCCCAAAUUGAUCUUUUUCUUUACUCUCA